AUGGAAUCUUUAUCGGUAUCGGUCGUGCCUGCGCCACAACAACAGCAAUCGCUAUCGCCAUCUAUCCAAGUAUCAACUCCUGUUCCUACGAAGCGCAAGAUAGUGGGCGAAAACGUGUUUGUCGAAUCAUGUGUCAGAGAAUGGCAAGGUUCUCGUAUCAAAGCAUGGGAAGGCCGUUACCUCAAUCCUGAAGGUUAUUAUUAUCGUUUUGUGGUUCCUGGCGAAGGUCAGCAAAAUGGCGGCUGGUCCAAGCACGAGCAUGGGCUGUUUAUGGCACGAUACAAUGAGUGGAUGUCGAAAGGCUGGAAAAUUGGUGCAUCAUGGGGGUUAUUCAGCAAAGGAAUUCCACAUCGCGUUGGCUAUCAAUGUAUGAACUACUACCGCAAACUCGUCAGCGAAAACAAGAUCAAGGACGAUUCGUAUGCCAUGGUGGGCGGUAAAUUGAAACAGAUCCACAAGGAACGUGCCCCAGCAGGAGAGAUUCCGACGACAGAGUUGGGCUCAGAGUGGCAGGAUGAAGAAGUAAAACAUGUCGAACAGGAUGUGGAUCGAUGGCUCAAAGAAUAUCACCGUCGUAGUGGAGUGUAA